GUGAGCAUCUUAUAAUCUGUAAAGCUUUAUCAAAAACGAAGAUCAAGCUGAAAAAAUGGGUUCUACGAAAGAUCAAUUGCCGCCAUAUCCAAACGCAGCUCGAAUUUCAGAUUCUCAGUGUUAUCCUCAGUACACUGCUUCUCUCAAGUGUUUGGAAGAGUUUAGCUCUGAUAAAAGUAAAUGUCAAGAGCAUUUUGAUGUGUACAAAGAAUGCAAGAAAAAAGAGAGGGAGGCUCGUUUGGAACGCAACAAAAGUCGAUCAUUGUUCUCAUGAAACACCCAGUGAGAAUCCGAAGAAAUGGUUAUGUACUACUCUAAUACUUGUUUAAACAAACUAAAAUAAUGCUUCUUCGAUAUGUUACUUGGCUCAAUAAAUAAUUUUGGUUGUCUUUUAUUGGGAUCAUAUUUGCUUAGAAAUCUGAAAGAAACCAUCUGAUUGUUUUGAAAAGUGAAUACAUGAAAGGUGAGAAACAUUUAGAUUGUUUUGAAAA